CCGGGGGAGAAGGGGAGGGCCGGGAGGCGGCUCCCCGUCCCUCUCGGCGGCGAUUUCAAGCGGCGGCGGGGCGGCCGGGCUAAGAUGGCGGCUGGCGGGGCAGGAUGAGCGGCGGCCGGCAGAGCACUUUGCCGCAGUUGUGGCGGGGGUCCCGCAGCGAAGCCGAGCGCAGGGACGCGGGCGGUGACAGCGAUGACGAGCUGCUGCUGGCGGCCGCGGCCGCCGCCGACCCCGGGCCGCUGCGGGGCUUCAGCGAGGCGGCGGGGGCCAUCUGGAUCUACCCCACCAACCUGCCCGUGCGGCCCUACCAGGAGCGCAUGGCCGGCGCCGCGCUGCUGGCCAACACCCUCGUGUGCCUGCCCACGGGGCUGGGCAAGACUUUCGUGGCCGCCGUGGUCAUGUACAACUUCUACCGCUGGUUCCCCUCGGGGAAGGUGCUGUUCCUCGCCCCCACCAAGCCGCUGGUGGCGCAGCAGAUGGAGGCGUGCGGCCGCGUCAUGGGCAUCCCGUGGCGGGACAUGGCGGAGAUGACAGGAGGAACGCAGGCUCUGGGCCGGCGGGAGCUGUGGAACACCAAGAGAGUCUUUUUCCUCACACCUCAGAUAAUGGUCAAUGACCUCUCUCGUGGGACCUGUCCUGCUGUGGACAUCAAAUGUUUGGUUAUUGAUGAAGCCCACAAAGCCCUUGGCAAUCAUGCCUACUGCCAGGUGGUGAGGGAGCUGAGCAAGUACACGAAUCAAUUCCGAGUCCUGGCCCUGAGUGCCACCCCAGGCAGUGACACCAAGGCAGUGCAACAAGUUAUCUCCAACUUGCUGAUAGCUCAGAUAGAGGUGUGUGCCGAAGAUUCUCCAGAAAUUCAGCCUUAUUCUCACGAGAGACAAGUGGAAAAAAUUGUAGUUCCACUUGGGGAAGAACUGGUAGAAAUUCAGAACACUUACAUCAAGGUGCUGGAAGCGUUUGCUGGGCGCCUGAUUAAGGUGGGAGUUUUAUCCAGGAGGGAUAUUCCCAGCCUCACCAAGUACCAGAUCAUCCUGGCCAGGGAUCAGUUCAGGAAGAACCCCUCUGCACAACAUGCAGGAAUCCAUCAAGGCGUCAUUGAGGGAGACUUUGCCCUUUGCAUCAGCCUGUACCACGGCUACGAGCUGCUGCUGCAGAUGGGAAUCCGCUCCUUGUUCAUCUACCUGUGGGGAAUCAUGGAUGGAUCCAAAGGGUUAUCCCGCACCAAGAGCGAGCUGGGGCGCAACGAGGACUUCAUGAAGCUCUACCAGCAGCUCCAGGACGUGUUCUCAGACACUGCUGUGGCUCCUGAGAGUGCAAGUGCUGGCAAGAGCACAGCAGCAUUGGGAAAGAAAAAGGAAUUUGUCUACAGCCAUCCAAAAUUAAAGAAAUUGGAAGAAAUUGUAAUAGAACACUUUGAAUCCUGGAAACAGGGAUGUUCUGCAGAUGAAGACAAGAGUGAAAGCUCUCCUGGGGACACGAGGGUGAUGAUCUUCUCCUCGUUCCGGGACAGCGUGCAGGAAAUCGCGGAGAUGCUGGCGCGGCUCAGCCCGGCCGUGCGGGCCAUGACCUUCGUGGGACACUCCUCGGGCAAGAGCACCAAGGGUUUCACCCAGAAGGAGCAGCUGGAGGUGGUGAGGCGGUUCCGGGAGGGGGGGUACAACACCCUGGUGUCCACCUGUGUGGGAGAGGAGGGGCUGGACAUUGGUGAGGUGGAUCUCAUCGUGUGCUUCGACGCCCAGCGCAGCCCCGUGCGCCUGGUGCAGCGCAUGGGCCGCACCGGCCGCCGGCGCCACGGCCGCAUCGUCGUCAUCCUGGCCCAGGGCCGCGAGGAGAGGACCUACAACCAAAGCCAGUGUAACAAAAGGAGCAUCCACAAAGCCAUUUCAGGGAACAAAACCCUUCAUUUCUACCAGCACAGCCCACGGAUGGUUCCAGAAGGCAUCAAUCCCAAAGUGCACAAAAUGUUUAUCAGUGCUGAAGAACAGGAGCCCAGCAGCUCAAGGAUGCUUUCCAAAGAGAGGAGAUCCAGUUCCCUGCAGCACAAAUCUGCUCUCCAUGCCUGUGGCACUGGCCAAAAGCAAAUGAGCUCCCAUGAGAGCUGGUCCUUGUCUCCUGAGGAGUUUGAAAUAUGGGACAGACUCUACAGGAUUAAGGAAAGUGAUGGGAUAAAGGAACCAGUUUUGCCUCCAGUUCAGUUUGAAACCUUAGAAAACCUGCAAGAAACACCAAAGCCCCAGGAGGGGGCAGCUCUGGAGCUCUCUUUGUCUGAAUGGAGAAUUUGGCAGAAUCAGCCUCUGCCCACAUCCCUGGUGGAUCACUCGGAUCGUUGUCACCUCUUCAUCCAUGCCAUGGAAAUGAUGGAGCUGAUGAGGCACCAGCAGGGAGACUGCAGCUAUGGACAGGAGCUCCAGCCUCACCUGCGGAUGGAAGAUGUGGAUAUUCCAGGGAACAAAGGGCAUUUCUCCAUGGCCAACCUGCCCUGGGAUCAGAGAGCUCGCUGCUCCAGGAAAGACCUGGCAAAACCAAAACCAAAAUCAAACCUAAAACCAAAACCAAAACCAAAGCCGUUCCCACCUGAUACAGGUGAUGAUGGGAGUGAGUUCUUUGCCACCUUUAAAAUAACCAAACCCAGGGCUCCCAAGAGAGCUCCUGGACUCCACGGGGAGGUUCCUGCGUUGCCUGAGGAUCCUUCAGCCUCUCCCUCGGGAACAAGGCUCGCUGUGGCCGGACACUCGGACCUGGCCAGUGACAGGGACGAGGGGCUGGAGGUGACAUUUGACUUAAAUGCAUUUAUUGACCUGUGUGACAGCAGUGACAGCCCUGAGACCCCUGCCAGUCCAGCAGCACAGGAGAACAGCCCUGCAGGUAAAGCCAGCGGGAGGAUCCGCAGGGAUUCGGGGUACGGCACCUCCCCCGUGGCCUCGGACCUGUUUUAUCUCCCCGAAUCCUUCAGGGAUCCCUUCCCACAGCUGAAGGAUCCCCCAGGGCUGGAACAAGCAUUUUCCCAGGUGCAAAGGCUUUUGUCCCAGUCCCCUCCCUGUGGGGAUGAUCUGGAGGGUUUGGAGAGCCUGAUGAGGGGUGAAGGAACCACAUCUCCUGCCCCACAGGUUCUACCCCAUGGUUGCUCAGAGGCACUGCAGGACAGCGUCUCCCCAAAAACUGAUCCUUCACUGCUGCUCCUGGAAAAUCCCAAAGUGACAGCUCCCAGGGAAGUCUGUGCCUCCAGAAGUCCCUGUUUGGCCCAGACCGUGUCACCUAGCAAGGCUGCUGCUGAGGAGGAGGAGGAGGAGGAGGAGCUGUGGAAUGACAGCUUGGAUGGCCUGUUCGACAGCGAGGAGUUCCCUGAGAUCCCAAACAACGCUCCCAGCAGGAACCACCCCCUGACAAACGGCCCUCCCAAACUCAAGGACACGGGAGAGGCUGCCCUUGGAGCUGCUGCUGGGGAGCAGAGUCUCCAUCUGUUUGAGGAUGAGGCUGGUGAGGACACGGCCGAGGGCAGCCCCGCGGGCUCGGAGCCUCCAGCCAGAGCAGGUCCAGCUGGGACCAUCCCUGGGGCUGAGGGAGAGCCAGGCAGGGAAUUCCCCCCUGGGAGCCCCAGCCAGCCCUGCAGGGAGCAGCCCUGGAGCAGGGAAUCCAUGGGAACAUCAGCAGUGGAUGAUCCCUACGACUGCUCCCAGGACCUGUUCUCCAUCACCUUCGACCUGGGCUUCUCCAUCGAGGACAGCGGGGAUGAAACCUCGGAGGAGACCAGGAAUGCUGACAACCCCAAACUGAACGGGGCUGAAUCCACUGAGGAUGCAGAAAUCUCCCCAAGUGAUGGCUCCAGGCUGGGAACCUGGGCAGGGUGGGGCUGCAGAAGGAUGGAGAGGAGGGAGGUGUCCACAGCGCUGGAGAUCCAGGGCAGGGCCAGGGGUGACGGGGAAGGCACCGAGGCUGCUCCUGCUGCAGGGCCUGGCCUCAGCUCAGGACACAGCAGAACGGGAAGGGAACCCCCUGAAGCUUCACCAUUUCUGACCCCAACAAGGAGGAAAGGUGUGAACAUCAAAGCUGUCAAAAGAAUUCCUAUGAAAGUCUUCUGGAAUGGCAGGGAGCAAAUUGCAGAGGUGCCUCCUGUAGGGCAAGUCAGAGAAAGCCCACAGAGGCAGAACUUUGGGAGAUCAGCCAUGGGUUCCCCUUCAGGGAGGACAGAAGGCCUGGAAGACACCAAACUCCGUGGAUCCUGUGGGUCUCCUGCUGCAGGACCCAGCAGUGACAGCGAGGAAGAGAUCGUUUUCCAGAGGAAAAAAAGGAUAAAAAAGAAUGUUUUGAAAUCUCCUGAUGGGAUGGAUGGGAGCGAGCUGGAGUCUCCAGCCGCGGUCACCAGGAAACGCCGGCGCCCUCGGAACGUGUCAGACACGUCCAGCGAGGACAGUGGGGAUUUCCAGCAGGGCAGGAACAGCUCCAGGAGCCGGCCAGGAGCAGCCAAACGGCAGCGGCGCCUCAGCAGCCACACAGCCAAGGCCUUGGGCAGGCAGUUCCUGGACGAGGAGGCCGAGCUGUCCCAGCUCGAUGCUGAGGGGAUCUCAUCGGACGAGAGCGACGGGGCCGGGGAGGAGCUGAGCCCGUCCCUGGCCCAGUUCCUCAACGAUGAUGGAGAAGCCACCCAGGCCCUCAAUGACUCUGAGAUGAGGGGAGUUUACCUGAGCUCCGUGCGCAGCCCCGCCCUCGGCAGCAGAUACAAAAUGAUCCAUCGGGAAUUCAACCCCUCAGUCAUCUUCUCCCAGAUUCCCGAGCAAGACGCGGCUUACGCUGAGGACAGUUUCUGUGUGGGAGAUGAUGAGGAGGAGGAGGAGGAGGAGGAGGCUGGCAGUGGCUGCAGCCAGGAGGAAGAAGUGGCUGUGAGUUUGGAUGUGCUCGAGGCUUGCAGCAGGAGCCGGUACCUGACCCGGCGCAGGAAGAGGCUGAAGCAGGCGGGGCUGGCAGGGAACGCUCCUGCCCCGCUGCAGAAGAAGAAACCAUCCCGAAUUAUUGUCCUGAGCGACUCCAGCGAGGAGGAGACGGGAAGCAGCAGGGAGGAGCCCCUGGGGGCAGGGCAGGGCAAGGGGCAGCUCCCCAAGGCCCUGCCCUCAGCCCCCUCUGCCCAGCUCAGGAGCGGGGCUGGGGCAGCUCCUCAGCCUGGGGGACACCACACGGAGAGGCUGCUGGGCUUGGAAGUGUCUGGGAUGCUGGAUCUUCCCCCAGAGCAUCCAGGCAGGAGCAGAUCCAUCCCCCCAGCUGGCUCUGGCUGCAGGAACACGGAUCUGCAGGCUGCUGGUGAGCACUCACAGGUGUGCAGCUCUUUGAAGACCCACGGGAGCAGCUCAGACUCGGCGUGUCCUGCUGUCCCAAAGCCUUCCUCAGCCACAGCUCGGAUCUCCCGUGUUCCUGGAGAUCCCAGCCUGUCCCUGGCUGGGAUUUCUGUUCCUGGGGAUCCCAGCCUGUCCCUGGCUGGGAUUUCUGUUCCUGGGGAUCCCAGCCAGUCCCUGGCUCAGAUCUCCCGUGUUCCUGGGGAUCCCAGCCCAUCCCUGGCUCAGAUCUCCCGUGUUCCUGGGGAUCCCAGCCGGUCCCUGGCUCAGAUCUCCCGUGUUCCUGGGGAUCCCAGCCGGUCCCUGUGCAUCCUGGCAGACAGCCGGGAGAUCUGCUCUGGCCCGGAGGUGCUGUCGUGCCUGCGGGCCGUGCACGGGCUGCGGGUGCAGAUCUGCUCCCUGGGCAGCAGCGAUUUCAUCGUCAGCAACCGCCUGGCCGUGGACAGGGUGCUCCAGUCAGAGCUGCAGAGCCCCGGGAACAGGAACAAACUCAGCCGGAGGCUGCAGUGCCUGCAGGGCAUCUUCCAGAGGAUCUGUGUGAUUGUGGAGACAGACAGGGUCAGGCCAGGAGAAACAUCCCGGUUUUUCCAGAGGACUCAGUACUACGAUGGAGUGCUCUCGGCCUUGGUCCAGGCUGGGAUAAGGAUCCUCUUCAGCUCCUGCCAGGAGGAAACUGCAGCUCUGCUGAAGGAGCUGGCUCUGCUGGAGCACAGGAAGGACGCUGCCAUCCAGGUGCCAACCGAGCCGGAGGGGCACCGGCGGGACAUCCUCAACUUCUACCUGAGCAUUCCCAACCUCAGCUACGGAGCUGCCCUCAACCUCUGCCACUCCUUCGGCUCCAUCACCGCCGUGGCCAACAGCUCGGUGCCGGCGCUGGCGGCGGGAGCGCGGCUGAGCCGGGCCCAGGCCGAGGAGCUCCAUCGGUUCCUGCACCACGACUUUGACCCGCAGCUGCUGCCGCAGCCGCUGCCCGCCAGGGGCAAGAGCUGAGCCCGCACUCCGGGCCCUGCACUGCACUUUACCCGCUCGGGAUCGGAUGUAAAUGAUGUAAAUAAACAAACACUCGGCAAACCUC